CCGGCGCGCCGCGCUGCGCCGCCCGCCGCUCGGGGAGUCCCGGUAGCACCGCGAACCGGCGCGAUGGGCAAGAAGGGCAAGAAGGAGAAGAAGGGCCGCGGGGCCGAGAAGACCGCCGCCAAAAUGGAGAAGAAGGUGUCGAAGCGCUCGCGGAAGGAGGAGGAAGACCUCGAAGCUCUGAUCGCCCAUUUCCAGACACUGGAUGCCGCAAAGACUCAGAUCGUGGAGACCCCGUGCCCCCCGCCUUCACCAAGGUUACACGCCUCCCUCUCCGCUCAUCCCGAGAAAGACGAGUUAAUCCUUUUCGGAGGUGAAUAUUUCAAUGGCCAAAAAACGUUUAUGUAUAAUGACCUGUACACCUACAACAUCAGGAAGGACGCCUGGACCCGAGUGGACAUCCCCAACCCACCUCCAAGACGCUGUGCGCACCAGGCGGUGGUGCUUCCUCAGGGCGGAGGACAGCUGUGGGCAUUUGGAGGGGAGUUUGCUUCUCCCGACGGAGAGCGGUUCUACCACUACAAGGAUCUCUGGGUGCUGCACUUAGCCACCAAGACCUGGGAGCAAGUGAGAGCAUCGGGAGGCCCUUCGGGCCGGAGCGGACAUCGGAUGGUGGCCUGGAAGAGACAGUUAGUCCUCUUUGGUGGCUUCCAUGAGAGUACAAGAGAUUACAUCUACUACAAUGACGUGUAUUUCUUUAACCUGGACACGUUCACGUGGAGCAGACUGUCCCCAUCGGGGGCUGGGCCCACACCUCGAUCGGGCUGCCAGAUGUCCGUCACCCCUCAGGGCAGCAUUGUCAUCUACGGGGGCUACUCGAAACAGAGAGUCAAGAAGGAUGUGGACAGAGGCACCCAGCAUUCAGAUAUGUUCCUGUUGCAGCCCGAGGAUGGAAGAGAAGGCAAGUGGACGUGGACCCGGAUUAAUCCUGCGGGGGCCAAGCCCACUCCGAGGUCUGGCUUCGCGGUGGCCGUGACCCCAAACCAUCAGACGCUGCUCUUUGGGGGCGUCUGUGACAGGGAGGAGGAGGAGAGCCUGGAGGGGGACUUCCUCAAUGACCUGCACUUCUAUGACGCCACCAAGAACCGCUGGUUUGCAGCGCAGCUGAAGGGACCCAAGUCAGAGAAGAGGAGACGUAGGCGGGGCAAAACCACAGAGCCCGAAAGUGCUGACAAGCAGGAGUGUGCGGGGGCUGGAGCCCAGGGGCCCCUGGAGGUGGUCAGAGAGGUGGUCACAGAGGAUGGGACUGUGGUCACCAUCAGACAGACGUUGGCUGCCCCGGGCUCGGCUGGACGGCCGCCGUCCGAUGAGGAGGACAGCCCCGACAACGCCAGUGGCCCCGUGGUGGGGCCGAGCCCCCGCUCGAACGCCAUGCUGGCCGUGAAGCACGGGCGGCUCUACCUCUACGGGGGCAUGUUUGAGGCAGGUGACCGCCAGGUCACGCUUGGUGACCUGUACUGCCUGGACCUGCACAAGAUGCAGGAGUGGACGGCUUUGGUGGAGAUGGAUCCAGGAGCUCAGGAGUGGCUGGAGGACACAGACUCUGAAGAGGACAGCAGUGAGGGCGACAGUGCCGAGGGCGGGGACGAGGACGAGGACAGCGGCGAGAGCGGUGCGGAGGCUGGGGUUGGGGUCAGAAGUUGGGCCUUGAAGUCCCAGCGGGCACCUUUCUUCAUCUUCAACAUCCCCUACAGCGAGAAUGCGGUACCGCUGGUCUGUAGAGACACGGCCGGCUCCUCUUCAUUCCCCGCGGCAGGCCGUCCCCGUCACUGCCGGGACGCUGACAGACGAGAGUGGCUCUGCCCACCUGUGGCAGAGCGGGACCUGGCCCGGAAGGUGUUUGUGGAAGGGUGA